AUUUGACUAAUUGUUCUUCAGCAAAAUGUGUACAUAUUGAUAAUUCUGACAAUUUUACUGGUGAAAACUUGUUUAGUCUUGAAUGUACAGAUUAUGAAUCCUCUACAAAAGAAAGUGAUAAUUUGAUAAAGAAAAAAAUGAAAAAAUCUGGUGUGAAUAAUGAAAGUAAGAAAAGGAAUUUACAUAGAGAGGCAGGGAAUGUGUGGAAAGGUCUUUGUGUAGUAACUUGA